UAUUCCCUAACUCUUAAAGAAAUAAUGAGUGGUUCCCAGGAGGAGCUUGGGCCUUCGAACGCGGCGAUAUUGUUUACGCGGCGCCAUUGGUCCAGCACACGGAGGUUUCUUGGCGGAGAGUGCCAUCCCUAAACCUACACGUCAUAUUAAUUAGUGAGGAUGGAGCAAGAGGAAUUACAGUAUGAAGAAGUGGUAGAUGCUGGAGAAGGAGGUGAAGAAAGUUUUGUUGGCGCUGCAGAAGAUGACCACCAUCUAAACGACACUGACCAGUCCAUUGAAACUGAGCUAGAGGCCAUCAAAGCACGGGUCAGAGAGAUGGAAGAGGAAGCUGAGAAGAUUCGCCAGAUCCAGUCAGAGGUGGAUAAGCAGAUGAGUCUUGGCUCCCCACCAGGAGCAGCUGGAGCCACCUCACCACUCAACAUGUCCCUGGAGGAAAAGAUGGAGGUGGAUGCUCGAUCGAUCUAUGUGGGCAAUGUGGAUUAUGGAGCCACAGCAGAAGAGCUGGAGCAACACUUCCAUGGGUGUGGAGCAGUCAACCGUGUCACCAUCCUAUGCAACAAGUAUGAUGGCCAUCCAAAGGGCUUUGCAUACAUAGAAUUUGCAGAGAAAGACUCUGUGCAGAUGGCCAUGGCCCUUGACGAGUCACUGUUCAGGGGAAGACAACUCAAAGUGAUGCCUAAGAGGACCAACAAGCCUGGAAUCUCAACAAGUAACCGACCACCACGGGGUGUCAGGAUGGCGCGAGGCCGAGGCAGAUUCUACUCUGGCUACCGACCCACCAGACGGCCCUCCAGAUUCAGUUACAAGAAGCUAUAGUCAUCGCAGGCUAAGCUGAUCUAGAAGCCUUGCCCUGCAUCCUCACUGCCUUUUGGUGGGGCAGCUAACUGGUGCACUCAUAAUGGUCUUGCCCAAAAAUUUUUUAUUAAGAUAUUUUAAUCACCUAUCAUUUAGCCUUUCCUUUAGCUGAUUUUCUAAGAUAUUAAUACAAAAACAAUAAUGAUGUUGGACCAUUAAUUCUACAGAAAAAAUUUGAAACUGGCAAAGGUUAUGAAACCCAUCCACAUGUUCCAUUGAAUGAGUAAGUCCUGAGGCAAAGCCCAUGUACAAGAAAGCACUUGCUUAAUUUAAGUUUGGGCACCAUCCCCCUUGAGUAGCAAUGCAGCACUCACACCGCGCCAUUGUCACCGUUGAAUUGCGUUCUGGAAGUAUUGUUCUUGAAGUGUCAUCGUAUCCAUUCUAUAUAUGGAGGAUUUUGGUUGGCCUGGUUGGCCUUAUAGUUUGAAGUAGUAGAUAAAAUAAUAACUGAUAGUGGUGGGUCCUUGUUUAUUUACAUGCUAAUUAUCAUUGUUACUUUCCUCAUCAUAGAAAGUAGAUUCCACCUUUCCCCAGAUCAGUGUUAGUCAUCUGGUGUCAUCUAGCUCAUCUGUGCUUUUAUAUACAACUAUUUUGUUCAGUCCUCAUGUCUUUAUUUAUUUAUUUAUUUGUUUAUUUAUUUAUUUAUUUAUUUAUUUAUUUAUUUAUUUAUUUUACAACCACAUUCCUUGUCUUUGGUGUGCAUAUUGUCAUUCUGCUUUCUUCAUAAAAAUAUUGAGAAUAUUCCAUCCAGUCAUUUAUCUUUUCAUCACAUAGCUGAACUAUUGCAAUUUUGUGUCCUUAUCACAUAAUUGGUUCUGUCAGUCCUAACUACUCAUAUUCAUACUUGUUGAGCCACCUUUCACAGCAGCAUUGCACAUCUACCUCUUCAUUUUUUCUCAUUCCAUUUCUACAUUGUCAUUUAAGAGCCUAAGUCUUAGAACUAUAAAACAUGAAGCAUUCUCUCUCUCUCUCUCUCUCUCUCUCUCUCACAGAUACAAAGGAAACUCAUAUCUUGUAGUAUCACUUUAUUGCCUGCCUUUACUUGGUGUUUACCUUGACUGUAGAGCUCACUUUAAUGCUGCACCUGUUGUAUCACCCAGAGAAGGUGAUUUUGUAACAUUUGUAACAUACUACUGGAUCUCGCAUUCAACACCACAGUUUUAUAUUCUUAGCCAUAUUAUUCAGUUCUCGCUGUGCACAUCACUUGUGAAAUCAUUUACAUUAUUCAACUGUCAUAUUUCUUCAUCUUUUCAGCAGGGAGUUUCCAUACAUCCAUUGCCAUUCCAUAACAUUUCUGCAUGUGUCUAAACAUUUCUUCAUAAAUUAGAAGUACUCUUGUGUUGUUUAUUCAUCUGGUUUCGUAUACGCAUUCAUAUUCCUGAGCCUCUUAGCUGUUGUUUUUUACCUUUUAUUUUAUUUAUUUAUUUUUUAUCUAUUUAUUUGUUUAUAUUAUAUAUAUAUAUAUAUAUAUAUAUAUAUAUAUAUAUAUAUAUAUAUAUAUAUAUAUAUAUAUAUAUAUAUAAAGUAGUUUUUACAUCAUUACAGGAUUUGUUGCUCUUUCUCAUCAUAUUCACACCAAUCCUUGCAUCACACCCCUUCCACUCUUGUAAUGGUGUAGAGAAUUUUAUCUCACUUGCCCACCCCAUCAUUGCAGGAAAUGGUGGGUAUAACUUUCCUCUUAUUUAUUUAUUUAUUUAUUUAUUUAUUUAUUUAUUUAUUUUAUUUAUUUAUUUAUAUUUUUUGAGGGAUAUGCAACUUGAUAAUUUGUAUCAAAGUUUUUUCUUUCCUCUUUUGCAUCUGUUCCAGUUACUGGGGUGGGGCAAAGUGAUAUAUUAGAUUGUACAAAUUAUCUGAUGUAUAAAUUUUUCUUUAUUCUGCACAUCGGCUGAACGUGAAAUUGAUAAACUGAAAAAAAUUCUUAUGAUAGAAUUUGGAAUACCUGUCUAUUUUGUCAUAAUGAUCCUAAAUAUGCAAUGAGAUGAACUUGUUUAAUUUCUUUUGAUAUUUGACUAAACCAUUUAAAUUUGCACUCAAGAUCAGGCAGCUUUAAUCAUGGCCAUUUGCAUACACUGAGAUAUUGUACAUAUGUAUAAUGUAUACUGAAUUAUGUUGCUUUACAAUGUAUAGAUGGCUAUACAAAGUGCUGUCACUCUGUCCUGUGCAUUUUGAUUAUCUGACUUCACAUCAAACCCUUCACUUUGACUUAUUCCUUUAUUUUGAUUGACAUUACAGAUAUAUUUUAUCUUGUUUUAAGAUAAGAAUUUAUCUCUUGUGGAAGUCAAUAGUACUUUAAUAAGGAUAUAUUCCUGAUGUUCUGUCAGAGCUUUUUGAUGCAGAAUUUAUCCUUUUGUUUUUAGUCAAGAACAAAGCUGAGUUGUUCAUGGUACUAUUAAACAUUAUAUAUAUAUAUAUAUAUAUAUAUAUAUAUAUAUAUAUAUAUAUAUAUAUAUAUAUAUAUAUAUAUAUAUAUAUAUAUAUAUAUGUACAAUGCUGUGAUUAUUUGGCAAAAGUCUGGAAUAGUGUUAUGGAAAAUUGAUAUUAAAAAAUGGAAAGAUCUUAAUUUACUAGAAAGAAAAAUGGAGCAAUACAUACACUUGCUUGAUGUUGUCAUCAAGAACAAUAUUCAACUUCUGAGACAUGACAUAACAUUAUAUUUUUACUCUUGUAAUAUUUUUAUUUUACAUAAUCAUUAUAUUAAUUUAUCAACUUUUAAUAAACCAUAAGUAAAAACAGGUAAAGGUAUGUUUGGCAUCUCAUCUUUGGCCACUUGGUGACAAUUCAGUUAGAUAUUUAUAGUCAUAUUUUUAAAGCAAAUUUUUAUAAUACUUUAAUCAUAUUUUUAAAGCAAAUUUUUAUAAUACUUUAACGAUAGAAUAUUGUAAAAUGUUAUCUUUUGUUUUAAAGUUUGGGGAUAAAGCAGUUCAAAGAAUGCAGUCAUAGACAUGCACACUUAAAUGCAUUACUAGAACCAACAGUGAAUACUUGUGUAGCCAUUGGACAAAGCCUUGUGACAAUUGUGACAAUACUUUGUAUAACCAAUAGUACAAACCUAGAAAAGGGAGUUCAUGUGAAUCUGUUUUUAAGCAAGAUUACAAGAUGGAAUUAGAUGAUGCUACUGGUUGUCUCUGCACUUCCCAUGAAAAGCAAAAAGCAGUUAGGUAACCAGUUGCACAAAAUUUACAAAUAGAAUCACCUGUUACGUGAUGACUUUUUGGCUGAGGAUAUUGUAUGUGUGUUGUAUUGUAGCUAUGCCUCAUUUUGUUAUCUAAAGAUACAUAGCAUUUGCAUAUUGUUGAUUCCUAUUAGAAUAAUGUAUAUACAUGUUGCAAAGACAAAAGCUUUGAGAAAAAGUUUGUUUUCCUAUUAUUUGUCACAGUGUGGUUGGUGCAGGUUAUAGUUGUGAUAAAAGUGAAGGGAAGAAUAACUGAUCAGUGGCUGAGGUAGUGCAGCAUUCAGGUGUAGAGAGAGAGAGAGAGAGAGAGAGAGAGAGAGAGAGAGAGAGAGAGAGAGAGAGAGAGAGAGAGAGAGAGAGAGAGAGAGAGAAGAAAAAAACUUAUUGCUCAUUUCAGCUUUAUAAGUAAAAAUAAUGAUACUUGUAGGGGACCACUGUAGUACUUUUUAUCACCUGCUUUCUUACUAUCAGCUAUUAUUUGCAUAUAUAUAUUAAGAAUAUAUACAUUUCUUUUGUGUAUCUUAGCAUCUGAAAGUCUUUCUUGUUCCUUCUUACAAAACUGACAAAAUUUGUUUUGGCAUUUUAAUGGUUUUGACAUCUCUUUUACUCAGACUUUUAUCCAUUCUAUAUCUUCAUUCUAUAAUCUCUGUGUUGAUUUUAUUUAUUUAUAUUUAUUUAUUUAUUUAUUUAUUUAUUCAUUUAUUUAUUUAUUUAUUUACUUACUUGUUUGUCUUGCUUUUCUAUAUUUUUCAUACAUUAAGGUGAAAACAUACCAAUUAAUAGGUACUAUUGUCUUUCCAUAUUUUGUACAGUUGCAACAGAAAUUUCUGAAACACUGUGAAGACAUUUGCUAUCACAUUCUGUAUUGAGCACCAGUCACUGCCGUUGUGUAACUUUUAUAGUCACAUUGAUAAAAAUAAGCGGUAGUCUAAAAUAUUAUGUUCCGAUGGAUGAGAUUAGAUGUUUUUCAAAGCGUUACUCCUUCAUACAUUGGUAUGGUGGUGUUUGGCUCUAUGAAUUGUACCUUACAGUCCAAGUGUGUGAUAUCACUCAUUUCAAUGUCAGAUAGCACCUGGAGAAGGAGGCUGCCUUCUCUUCCUUAGUGUUCUAAAUAGUGGAGAAUGUUGAGUUUUUCAGUACAUAGCAUUGUGUAGUGCACUACAUUUCUCAAUAUUAACCAGUACAAAUUUAAGAAUCAUAUGAAGACAUUAUUAUAGAAAAAUAGUUAAUGUGGUUGGUUCCCAAUCACAUGUUGCCUUUAAAAAAGUAUUAUGUAGAUUCGAUGAGCAUACAGGCAUGUCAUAUUUUUAUUUGUGUUAAUGGGAAAAAAUGUCUUAUUAUCCACAACAUUACCAAAUAAUUUUGUUAUUGAGCAAAAUUUAAGUCUGAAUAAGCUUUUACCUCUUUGGAACUACAGUUCAAUUACACAGUGAGUGUUCUUAACCCUCUUCAAUUAAGCACUGCCUGGGAAAUCCCAGGGGAAGAAGAUGCUACAUUUAGUGUUUUCAUGAUAAGAUAUUGUAAGGCUGGGAUCUGCUUCAGUGUUUAACAACUACAGGUUGCCAAAUCAACAACAGAGAAAUUCCAAAUUUAAUAGUUAUAGAAAAAAAGGUUACAUUCUGUGUGUCAGUAGUAAGAAGAGCCUCUGAAGCUCCUGUGACAACUGUGACAUUAACAGAAUUAGCUAAUAAGAUUGCUUUUAAUUGAUAUCUGGGUAUUAUUGUGUGCACUGUAUAAUCAUUCUCGUGUGUGCUAAACUUAGCUUAAUAUUCUCCAUGCACUAAGAAAGGUAUGCACCUUCUGUUCAGGGAGACAUGAAGAAACACUUAUCUGGUGCUCUCUGACUGAGUGAUGUCACUGCAUGGAAUCUACCAGAAUUAAUUACUUAUACAUAUUAAACCAAAACCAUGCUUCACUGCAACUGCAUUCAGUUGUAUAAUAUCUAUUUACAUAGCAUUAAAAUUCUUUAGACUUGACAAUAUUUACUCACAUACAGAGAAAGCUGUUCAAGCUGUUGUUGCCAACACAGCAUCUAUGCUGAUCUGGAUUAUAAAUGUAUUGUGCAAUAUUAGUUUCAGCAAUGAUAAGUUUUUUCUAAUUCAAAAUAGGUUUCAUAACAGUAAUGGAUAGCUCCUGGUAUCCUAUUUCCUCAUAAUUUAAUUUAAAAACACAAGUGAAAUUUUGUAUAUGUAAAAAAUAUAAAAAGAACCGCAGGUAGAAAGAUGGAUUCAGUAAGAUAUAGCUGGAGAGUUGUCUUCUUGUGACCACCUUGAAGGCAACGGCUGAUCUGUAAUGUUGUAGUGGUGGUCAACUGUGAUGUGUACGUUCUCAGUCCUCACUGUAUAACACCUCAUGUCUGAGCAACUAUGACAUUAAAUCAGGAAGGAUUCAAGGAGUUUCAAUUUUAUAUUUGUGGACUUGAUGCCAGUACCUAGAACCUUAAAGUUAGGAGGAUCAACAUUCCUUAAGUAUUCAGUCAAAUAGUAAAAUUAACUAGACUGCAAGAGAGAAGCAAUCAUAUCUCUUCAAACUAGUGUAGUAUCAUAAUCUUAAACUUGCCCAUCCAUUUUUUCUUUGCACAUCCAGGAUACUUCAUCAUCAUUUGACAUUGCCUAUUCUAUCACUAAAAUCAAAACUUAUGCUUUCUUAUAUUUAGUAUGUCUUUCAAAUAUAUUUCAUUCAUAUUCUCAUUUUAUCAUGUACUUCAUGCACUAUGUGGCAUUAUAGUAUAAACUCUGUGCCUACUUUGUCCCAUUUAGUUUCAAGUGACACUAGAGGAUUUUAUACAGAUUACUAAUGAUAGCAUCUUCUUAAUGUUUCAAUAGUUCACCUCUUGCCUUAGGUUUCUUUCCUCUUCUAAUGCUUAUAAAAUAUUAAUAAUAACAAUAAUAAUUCUCUUCAGUACAGUUUAGCUUUAUUUUACAUAACUUUGUGUGGUAUAAAGCUUUCAUGGUCAAGUGGUUAAUCUCACCUAGUUUUCAUUAAAAACUAUAACCAUAUUUUGCCAAUCUUAUAGACAAAAAUAGAAAUCUCAUUGAGAAUUGUUUCUUAGGUAUGGGAAAUAGACCUGAAAGAAGUGUUGAUUUUGUCUUGUGUCAGUUCUCUUGAAGCUCAUAAGUGAUACCACGUGUAUAUGGAAUAAGGUCUACUAAACAGUCCAUAAGCAAAAUAGAAUGAAAUCCAGAGUUUUAGUGUAGGGUACUUUCUCAGCUGAUUUCAAAGUCAUCCAUGGUAAUCAUUCAUAUUUCACACUUGCCCUCUAUAUUUACAGUAAAAUUAAUUAUUCAAAGCUUUAGAUAUUAUAUACUGUCAGUCUUUAAUUUCUGAUUUUGCUUUGUGGACCAUGCAAAGUGCCCCUAUACAUAUGAGUGUCUUUUCAUCAUGAUGUUAUUUGUUUAUCAGUAAUAUUUAAAGUAAUCACCAUGCCUUUUAAUCUCACACAAUAGUUAUAAGGUUAUUCUGUUGCUUUUUUAAUGUUGGCCAUAAAUGUCAGUAGAUAAACAUUUAUUGUGUAAUCAGUAAACAAAAUAAAAAAUAUAAAAAA